AUGGCGGCAAGCACUGUGCUCCGGUCGCUCGACCUCGUGGCUGCCAUCGUCGCCUACCAAAUUGGGCUGCCGCACGCCUUGGCUGCGUUCCAGCAAAUCGUCGACACGAUCGAGUUUGUGCCGUUCAUCGUUCAUCGCCCGACCUGCCGGCGCUUUCCGAUCGUUCAAAAGUCAUUCGGGUAUCUCACCAACAUCCCGACGCGGUUUGCGCGCCUGCCGUACCUCCAGCGGUACAAGCACCCGAGAGAGAAGCUCUCGCACCACGCACUUUUUGUCUCGCCGACGAAGGUUGACCCGGCCUUGGCGCUGCACCUCGCGAUUGUCGAAGGCAACAUGGCGAUCGUCGAGCUCUGGCUUCGACACGCGCCAGCGCUCGUUUCGUCGGGCGCGCUCGAGCUCGCGGCGGCAUCGUCCCAAGGAGCCAUUUUGCGACUCUUGUAUGAACGGUGUCCGGAGCUUGCGACGCCCAAGAUGAUGAAUCUCGUGGCCAUGUCGGGCGAAUUGACGCUUUUGCGUUGGCUGCACGAAGCCGGUGUGGCGUGCACGGCCACUGCAAUGGACGGUGCAGCCAUGAACGGCCACCUGGACGUCGUCAUCUUUCUCCACGAAACAAGAACCGAAGGCUGCUCGGAUGCCGCGGUGACGACAGCCGUGCGGAAUGGCCACGCGCCAAUCGUCCGCUUUUUGCUGCAGCACGGCUAUAAGCACACCGAUGUGAUGCUUCUAGCCUCCACGGUGUACGAUGCCACUCGAACGCGCUGCGUGUUGGGCACGUCUCACCUCAAGGCUCUCGAUUUGGUGGCACCCAUUAUUGUCGUCGACGCGCUCGGUCUCUGUAAGUUGACGCAACGCCUCGGGCUUGCGUCGCUGCGCUACUGUUGUGACCGCGGCUACCAAACCGUCACGCCGCAAGUGAUCGAGAUGGCGGCUGCGCAGCGGAACCAUGCAAUGCUUCGCUACGCCCUCCACGUCCUUCGUCAAACGUACGCGCCCGAAGCGGACGUGGCGUGGCGACCCCCCAACGACGACGCCAACUUUGUGUUUUGGGACCGCUGCGAGGCCAUGGACUUGGCGGCUUGCUUUGGCGACGAAAUUGCGCUGCAGCUCUUGCACGACAGCCGUCUGGAUUGCAAAACCUACCAAGCAACGCGGUUUGCGAGCUACUACGGCCAUGUACACGUGCUGCGAUGGCUCCACCGCCACGGACGCCUUGCCCACGACCCGAGUGCCAUACAGCUCGCAGCGUGUAUGGGACACGAGGACGUGGUGCGCUGGCUCGUCGAAGUCGGUGGCCUGGUGUCGACACGAUCGGCACUUGCGAUGGCGGCCUCCAACAACCACUUCCAGAUUGUCCAGCACCUCGUACACGCCAUCGGUGACGACGACGACGCGAUUGAGUACGCACGCCACGAUUGGGUCAUUGUCUCGCUCCCAGAUGGGCCCGACGAAACGACCUUUCGCAUCGUCGACUAUCGUCCGUGCAGGCAUGUAUCUGGUCGGGCCGCCGACUGGGCUGCCAGCAAUGGUCACCUCGAGACGCUUCGGUACCUGCUCGCGCACGGACGGGGUUUGAGUGCCCAUGGCAUGGACGGCGCGAUUGCGUCGGGGCACUUGGCCGUCGUCACGUUAUGCGACCGUGAGCGUGGCCUUCGCUGCAGCCACCGCCAGUUUCUCUCGAAAGCGAUCCUCGCCAACCACGGUGCCGUUGUCGAGUACGUCCUAGCGCGCCGCUGCUGGCGCCCCAAUCUUACAAGCGACGAGGUCAUGGUCGAGCUCCACGUGCUGCAUCUCAACGCAGCGACGUGUGGCAACGUGGACCUCUGGCGCAUGAUCGUGACAGCGUUCCCAAUCGCGCUGCCCGAGCGCGUGCAAGAGCGUAUCGUGGUGCGGGCAGCGGCCAAGGGCCACCUCGCGCUGCUUCGCCUCGUGGUCGAGACCUGCGGCUACCCACUGACGCCAUUUGCGAUCGAAGCAGCGACGCGGUGCAGUCGCAAACGAGUGCUGCAGUAUCUGAUGACGCAUGGCCCGCCGUGUGCAUCCUUGUUUCGCCCCUCCGAUCGCACGAGCCUUUUCUAUGGUUGCGAGGACGGACCGCUUUUCUACGAUCGGGUCGAUGGCCACAAGCGCGUGCGACUGCUGUAACGUUGAAAAUGCGUGUCUUGUGGACCGAAACAGAUGAAACGAUCCAUAGUGGACGAUAUUGUCAUACAUGCGUGUCGCAAUCAGGAGCGCGGGACAAUGAGUCAUGGCGCUGGUCGAGCUGUAGGUGCACGGAUCGAAUGUACUAUAAAAUUGUUGCUGGGGGACCAGUCCC